AUGGUUGUUAAAAUGGAGUCGUCGUUGAUUUUCAUGAUUUUGUCUAUGUUACUCAUAAUUUCUGAAGCACGAAAAGUUGAUAAUCUAAAUGAUCGAAAGAUUUUAACACUCGGAAGCUCCAAUCCUCUUCGUGAUCAUUCUAUCAUUAAAAAUGUCAUCAUGAAGAGAGAAACUCCGGGAGGAUCAAAUUAUCCUCUUCACAAUUCUAAUCCUCCGCAUGCACCUAGUGGUUUUAAUGUCAUUGUGAAGAGAGAAACUCCAGGAGGACCAAAUCCUCUUCACGAUUCUAAUCCUCUGCAGGCACCUAGUGGUUUUAAUGUCAUUGUGAAGAGAGAAACUCCGGGAGGACCAAAUCCUCUUCACCAUUCUAAUCCUCCGCUGGCACCUAGUGGUUUUAAUGUCAUUGUGAAGAGAGAAACUCCGGGAGGACCAAAUCCUCUCCACCAUUCUAAUCCUCCGCUGGCACCUAGUGGUUUUAAUGUCAUUGUGAAGAGAGAAACUCCGGGAGGGCCAAAUCCUAUUCACAACCAUAAUCCUCCACAGGCACCUAGUGGUUUUAAUGUCAUUGUGAAGAGAGAAACUCCAGGAGGACCAAAUCCUCUUCACGAUUCUAAUCCUCUGCAGGCACCUAGUGGUUUUAAUGUCAUUGUGAAGAGAGAUACUCCGGGAGGACCAAAUCCUCUUCACCAUUCUAAUCCUCCGCUGGCACCUAGUGGUUUUAAUGUCAUUGUGAAGAGAGAAACUCCGGGAGGACCAAAUCCUCUCCACCAUUCUAAUCCUCCGCUGGCACCUAGUGGUUUUAAUGUCAUUGUGAAGAGAGAAACUCCAGGAGGACCAAAUCCUAUUCACAACCAUAAUCCUCCACAGGCACCUAGUGGUUUUAAUGUCAUUGUGAAGAGAGAAACUCCAGGAGGACCAAAUCCUCUUCACGAUUCUAAUCCUCUGCAGGCACCUAGUGGUUUUAAUGUCAUUGUGAAGAGAGAAACUCCGGGAGGACCAAAUCCUCUUCACCAUUCUAAUCCUCCGCUGGCACCUAGUGGUUUUAAUGUCAUUGUGAAGAGAGAAACUCCGGGAGGACCAAAUCCUAUUCACAACCAUAAUCCUCCACAGGCACCUAGUGGUUUUAAUGUCAUUGUGAAGAGAGAAACUCCGGGAGGACCAAAUCCUAUUCACAACCAUAAUCCUCCACAGGCACCUAGUGGUUUUACUGUCAUUGUGAAGAGAGAAACUCCAAGAGGACCAAAUCCUCUUCAUAAUUCUAAUCCUCCGCAGACACCUAGUGGUUUUAAUGUCAUUGUGAAGCGGGAAACUCCGGGAGGACCAAAUCCUCUUCACAACUCUAAUCCUCUGCUAGCUCCGCCUCCGGGCAUAUGA